AUGUCCUGCUUGCCCAAACUCCGUGCAUCCGGAUCCCGUGACCACGAGAGACAAAUUGUUAAUCUCCGGCCCAUUGUUUGGGACUUGGAAUUCUUCCGCCGAGAGCAGAAAGUGCUUGAUGGUCAGAGAUAUGCCGCGAACAUUGGCGUUGUAGGUUUUCUUGCAGAGGUCGACAGGAAGUCUCCAUGCUGGCUAGGAAUUGCUCUCCUCUGUGAUGCCCACGACGGGUAUGAAGAUGUUGAUGGGCCCGUGUUGGGCUCUUGCCUCGGGAAAUGCAACUCUGGACGGAAUGACUCUUCCGACGAGCUAUCGCCGGUGAAGGCCGAAGACGAUUAUUCGAGGCACUCGACGCCACCCCUUUGGUACCGCGAUAGAGACGGCGACUUUGAGCUGCUCAGAAUGCGGGAUGGUGAGGAUAUGGCUGGUGGCAAGGAAACAUCGAGACGGUCCGCGUCACCCGUUGCCGUCAAUUUCUCUUCCCCUCCGACGUCUCCACUGUCACAGCCGUCACUAGAGAAUGGCUCUCAAAAACAAAAACCUCCAUUGGCAGCAUCAGACGUGCACAAUGGUUUCGUACUUCCUAUGGUACAAGAUGGUGCUACUUCCUCUUGGAGUGCCUGUUCGGACCAUCAACUUGUCAGUAAGGGCUCUACAAGCGAUCGAGUGUUCCCUAUCAGAAGUGCCAUCAGCGUAGAUCCGACGCAAAUACCAAACAUAUUUCAAAGCCGAAAUUCUAUUGAUCACCCGGAUUACUUCCCUACCAGCGCUACAGGGAGUGACUCCACCCAAGGUUCGUACUGGGGACGUCGAAAGACCAGUCAAGGUUCCCGCUCGGCAUCGGUGCAACCUAGAGAUAAACGAAAAUCUUCCGUCUCUACCAUGCACAGCGAUAUCGAUAAACGUGCAGAGGUAUCUCGAAUGCACUUGUUCAGUGACGCCACGUCGGACAAGUCUAACGGCAAAUCGGACACUGGGAGUCGAAAGUCGGUUUCGUUUGGCACUGAUAUCGAAGAGGACUCGAUGCCAGGAUUGGUCACUGCUAGAUUUAAGCAUAUAGUGACUGCAGAAGGUCACGCUGUUAUCACAGGCCGUGAUGGGGAAACAUUGCAACGUUGCGAAGAUGAACCCAUACAUAUUCCGGGGGCAAUCCAAAGCUUUGGACUGCUCGUUGCGUUGGAAGAACGUGAGGAAGGAGAGCUGUUGGUCCGAAUUGUUAGCGAGAAUUCCCGGCGAAUCAUUGGGUAUUCGCCCCAGGACUUGUUCAGGCUGAACAGCUUCACCGAUAUCCUGAGUGAGGAGCAGUGCGACAAUGUCUUGGACCACAUAGAUUUCAUCCGGGACGAAGAGGCAGACCCUGCUACUAAUGGACCGGAAGUCUUCACUAUUUCCAUCAGAGCACCGGGAGCUAGGAGGAGUCAGAAGCUGUGGUGUGCAAUGCACAUCAAUCAAGCGAAUCCAGACUUGAUAAUCUGCGAGUUUGAACUUGACGAUGAUCAAGUUUAUCCGCUUGUUCCUCCAAACCACGAUACUCCGGAGCCACCCGAGGAUACGCUAAACAGUAAUCCGACCCAGGAAGAGUUCGACGAGAGUACCCACAUAUCGAGCAAGCCUUUGCGAGUAUUGCGUAGUGCAAGAAAACGAAAAGGGGAGGCCGCGGCCAUGGAAGUCUUCAAUAUCAUGUCCCAAGUCCAGGAACAACUGGCAGCUGCACCGAACCUUGAAAUCUUCUUGAAAAUCCUAGUUGGGGUGGUAAAAGAAUUGACUGGCUUUCACCGAGUCAUGGUUUAUCAAUUCGACCACGGAUUUAAUGGUCGCGUGGUUACUGAGCUGGUGGAUCCGCGAGCGACCAAGGACCUCUACAAAGGCUUGCAUUUUCCCGCGUCGGAUAUUCCAAAGCAGGCUCGUGAUAUGUAUAAAAUCAACAAAGUGCGACUUCUCUACGAUCGAGAUUUGGAAACAGCUCGUCUUGUCUGUAGAAAUGUGGAAGAUCUCGAAGACCCUCUCGAUCUAUCUUUUAGCUAUUUGCGAGCAAUGUCUCCAAUCCAUAUCAAAUACCUUGCUAACAUGGCUGUGCGCUCGAGCAUGAGUAUAUCCAUCAAUGCCUUCAACGAACUAUGGGGUCUGAUCGCAUGCCAUACCUAUGGGAGCAAAGGCAUGCGGGUUUCUUUCCCGAUACGGAAGAUGUGUCGACUGGUAGGAGAUACAGCAUCAAGAAACAUCGAGAGAUUGUCUUAUGCCUCCCGGCUUCAAGCUCGGAAGCUCAUCAAUACCGUACCAACUGAGGCCAAUCCGUCUGGUUACAUUAUUGCGUCAUCAGACGAUCUGCUGAAGCUCUUCGAUGCCGACUUCGGACUGCUCUCCAUUCGAGGUGAAACUAAGAUAAUGGGCAAGAUUGAACAGUCCCAGGAAGCACUAGCGAUGUUGGAAUAUCUUCGGCUUCGACAAAUUACCUCCGUGAUUACAUCACAAGAUAUCAAAGUCGACUUCCCUGAUCUGCAGUACCGGCCAGGCUUCAAUCUAAUUGCUGGCCUUUUACUUGUACCUCUGAGUGUGGGAGGGAAAGAUUUUAUUGUCUUCUUUCGCCGAGGGCAAACAAAGGAAAUUAAGUGGGCUGGUAAUCCAUAUGAGAAGUUUGUUAAAGAAGGGACAGAAGGCUAUCUCGAGCCCAGGAAGAGUUUCAAGACCUGGAGCGAGACGGUGGUCGGGAAAUGUCGCGAUUGGACAGAAGAGCAAGUUGAGACAGCAGCAGUAUUGUGCCUAGUUUACGGAAAAUUCAUCGAGGUCUGGCGUCAGAAGGAAGCGGCACUACAAAGCAGCCAAUUCACGAAGCUUCUCCUUUCAAAUUCAGCCCACGAAGUCAGAACCCCUCUCAACGCCAUCAUCAACUAUCUGGAGAUAGCUCUUGAGGGCGCUCUCGAUCAAGAAACGAGAGAAAACCUGUCGAAAUCUCACUCAGCUUCAAAAUCAUUAAUUUAUGUCAUCAAUGACCUCCUUGAUCUGACAAACACAGAGGAAGGACAAGCUCUCAUCAAGGACGAGCUUUUUGACCUCUCAGCUACGGUUAAGGAGGCCACUGACUCAUUCAGAGGGGAUGCGAAGAGAAAAGGUCUCGUAUACGAAGUCACUGAGCAUCCCGGGGUCCCCCAAUUCGUCCACGGCGAUCAACGUCGUGUGAGACAGGUCAUCGCGAAUGUUACAGCAAAUGCUGUCCAGAACACGAAGACCGGGUGGAUUCAUAUCGAAAUGUGGCUAGAAAGCCUACAAAAUGACUGUGCGACGGUUGAGAUCAUUAUACAAGAUUCUGGAGUCGGGAUGUCCAACGAGGUACUGGAUUCGUUGUUUAGGGACCUCGAGCAAGUGUCUACCGAAGGCGAUUUCGAGGAGUCAUUUGAGGAGCCCAACAAGUCUCGCCAAGUCUUCAAGCAAGGAAAAGAACAUCGAACUCUAGGUCUUGGCUUAGCAAUGGUGGCUAGGACCAUCCGAAAUAUGAACGGCCAGCUCCGGUUGAAAUCAGAGGAAGGCAAAGGUUCGCGAUUUGUUAUGCAAUUGCCGUUCACCGUUGGCGCCAGCAAAACCGACGAGUCCAGGGAGCAGGCACCACCUUCAAAGCCUCCAACACCACUACCACUAUCCACCCCACCACUAUCUGAUGAGAUACCGGAACUCACGCUUAUAGAAAAGAAUAGCUCCUUGAAGCUGAACAGUACCAACCGCAGGCAAAGUGUCGAGGAGAUGGGUAGUAUUCAAAGUUUCCGAAGCGGCUCCAGCACCAAGAGUAGCGCAAGUAAGAAGAGUGAUGUCGACAGGCUCAUUGAUGCUAUCUCAGGACCGUUAGCAGUUGGUGAGGCUGAACCUGAAGAGACAACUCUGCAGCGGACCAAUAGCAGAGAGAGUCGCCAUAGUCGGAAGAGUGUACCUAGCCUGGGUUCUAACUCAGCCCGCACAACAUCAUCAAAUCCAGGAAAGAUGACAAGAUCAAGAUCUUUUGGGGCACCAGAGCAUCUUCGUAGGCCGUUGGAGGGACCAGCAGGGUCUGAAUACGUGACUGAUAACAAAACACUGAUGAAAGCGGUCAGGAUGCCAGAUGAGUUUGACACUCCAAUACAAACUCUCAGUACACCAUCUAGGGUUCUUUUUGAACUUCCGGAACAGCAAAACCGGAAGGCAAUCGAGAAACCGAAACCCCUUGAUGCGGAACAUCUGCAGGUCUUGGUCGCGGAGGAUGAUCCCGUCAACAGUCGAAUCAUGAUGAAAAGGCUGGAUAAAAGCGGCCAUAAAGUGCACCACACAGUCAAUGGAGAAGAUUGCGCCAGUGCGUAUGGGGAGAAGGCGGCAUUCUUCGAUGUGGUGCUCAUGGAUAUGCAAAUGCCAAUUGUUGACGGACUUACAUCUACGAAGAUGAUUAGGUCGUAUGAGAAGUCACACCUGAAGAGUGAUCUCUCUCCUCGAGCAGCUGGUAACGGCAGAGUACCCAUAUUUGCUGUAUCUGCAUCGCUUCUCGAGCGCGAGCGUCAGACUUACAUCAACGCUGGUUUCGAUGGGUGGAUCCUCAAGCCGAUUGACUUCAAACGACUCAACAUACUUUUGCUAGGUAUAGUAGAUAACGAGAAGCGGAACUCGUGUCUUUACAAGCCAGGUGAAUGGGAGCGAGGCGGGUGGUUCCACCGGUCACAGCCAUCGGUUCUCUCAGCGGCCACGACACCAAGCGAAGAGAGGCCAUCGCAGAGGUUGGACGACAAUCGUGAUAAAAGCUCUAGUCACGAUUCGAGCGAGUCUGGCGGUUCUAUGACACCAACUGAUACGAAACGACCUCUCAUUCAUGACGAACGACUAGAUGUGCCGAGAUCCAUAAAUGACAGCUAUUUCCCCGCCGCGGCAGCCAUCUCGGGAUUAGAGGACACGGCAGAGAAAGGGGAGACUGCUGGACGGGAGCCUGUAGCAACCUCUGCAUGCCCGUGA